AUGACAGAGCAAAAACGUGUAGUUUUACUGACUGAAGCAAAUAAAGAUAUUGGUAUAUUUAUUAAUAAUGCUGCAAUCGCAGCAAGAGAUAAUUCGAUUGAAGGGACACGCACAACGUUUGCCACUAAUUAUUAUGGUGUUAUAAUGCUUAAUGAACAUUUGAUUCCUCUAUUACGUGAGCAUGACCGUGUCGCUAAUGUCGCUAGCACUGUUGGUCCAAUGGUAUCAUAUCUUUUUUCGAAAGAACUUCAAGAAAAAUACACGUCACCAACAUUAACGACACAAGAACUUGAGCAUCUUGUUCAGGAUUUUCUUUCAGCAUGUGAAUCUUACGAUCUGGAACGUAUCGGGUAUUCUUCUGAGAUACCUUAUCCAGCAUAUACUGUUUCCAAAGCUGCUUUGAUUGCUCUUUUCUCAAUUCAAGCACGUGAAUAUUGUAAUGACAAAAAUAUAUCCAUUUAUGCUGUAUGUCCUGGCUUUUGUGCCACGGAUCUUAAUGAUAAAGCUGCAGGCGGUUGGUCACUAGCAAUUGGUGCUGAUUCUAUUCUGUAUGUGAUUAACACACCAACAAAUGAAUUAGAAAAUGGUGCGUUCUAUCAAGAUGAUAAAAAACUUCCACGAAUCUGUGAAAAUGAAACUCAAGUAAAAGCAUUUGUCGAACACUCUAAGACAAUAUUCAAACCAAAACAAUAA